AUGACAGAAGGAAAUCAUUCUAUGGUGACUGAGUUUAUUCUUUCUGGGUUAACAGAGAAACCAGAGCUCCAACUGCCCCUCUUCCUCCUGUUCCUGGGAAUCUAUGUGUUCACAGUGGUGGGGAACCUGGGCAUGAUAACCCUAAUCAGGCUCAGUGAUCCUCUGCACACCCCCAUGUACUAUCUCCUCAGCAGUCUCUCCUUCAUUGACCUGUCCUAUUCCACUGUUAUUACCCCCAAAAUGUUGACAAACUUCAUGACAGAGAAGAAUGUCAUCUCCUACGCUGAGUGCAUGACUCAACUAUAUUUCUUCUCAGUUUUUGUUAUCUCAGAGUGUCACAUGUUGGCUGCAAUGGCAUAUGAUCGCUACGUUGCCAUCUGUAACCCCUUGCUUUACAGUGUCACCAUGUCUCCUCAAGUCUGCUUCUGGAUGAUCACUGGGGUAUACAGCUUGGGCUUGAUUGGGGCCACAACUCACCUUAUCUGCAUUCUGAGGGUGCUUUUCUGUAAGGCCAGCAUCAUAAAUGAUUUCUUCUGUGACCUUUUCCCACUUCUGAAGCUCUCCUGCUCCAGCACUUUUAUUAAUGAGGUAGUGCUUCUGUGCUUCAGUGCAUUUAAUAUUCUUCUUCCAACUCUCACUAUCGUUCCUUCCUACAUCUUCAUCAUAGCCAGCAUCCUCCGCAUUCGCUCCACCGCGGGCAGGUCCAAAGCCUUUAGCACCUGCAGCUCCCACCUCUCAGCAGUUGCUGUGUUCUUUGGUUCUGGCACAUUCGUGUAUCUACAGCCCUCAUCAAGCAACUCCACGGACCAAGGGAAAGUGUCCUCUGUGUUUUACACCAUUGUUGUCCCCAUGCUGAAUCCCUUGAUCUACAGCCUGAGGAAUAAGGAUGUGAAAGUUGCCCUAUGUAAGUACAUGAAACUCAAAUUCUACUUGAAAAACAAAUGUUUUUUCAUUGGGCUGAGGUGCAGACUUUUGACAAACAUAAACAGCACAGCGGAGGAAGAUGGUGAACAAAAAGGUGUACAACUCUUGGCAGCCACAGAGAGAAAGGAGGAGCUGGCCACAAGAGGGCGCCCUUCCUGGCCCAGCCCCUGUGACCACCUCCUACCAGCACCUUUAGCUGCUGAAGUCAUCCAUGGAGGAAGCGAUCUGCGGAGGAGUGUAGCACACCUGUGCGCAGAACACCUCCCUCACACGUGA